CGCUAACCAUGAUGACGGUUCCAUAGCAACGGCUGAGGAUAACAUGGCUAAAUCAACAAGUAUCAAAGAAGCACUGGUGAAAUGGGAGGAAAAGUCUGGAGAAAAAGCCAGUGAGUCGAAAGCUGUGAAACUGUACAGUCAAGUUCCCCCUAUUGAGAAGAUGGACGCAUCUCUUUCUACUCUGAUUAACUGCGAGAAACUGUCAUUGUCAACAAACUGUAUCGAAAAGAUCGCCAACUUAAAUGGGUUAAAAAACCUUAAAAUUUUGUCCUUGGGUCGGAACAACAUCAAAAACCUUAAUGGACUAGAGGCUGUAGGGGACACGCUGGAGGAACUGUGGAUCUCCUACAACCUCAUUGAAAAACUAAAGGGAAUCCAUGUAAUGAAGAAGCUCCAUGUCCUGUAUAUGUCGAACAACCUCGUCAAGGAGUGGGGAGAGUUUGUAAAACUGGCAGAGCUCUCAGCACUGGUGGACCUGGUUUUUGUGGGAAACCCUUUAGAAGAAAAGUACUCAGCUGAAGGGACUUGGAUCAAUGAGGCCACCAAGAGGGUCCCUAAACUAAAUAAAAUUGAUGGGAUUCCAGUGAUCAAGCAGGAAGAGGAGGACAAAGAGGAAGAGAGUUAAUUUUUCUUCUAGUCUUUUAGAAUUUCUACAGUAUGGUACCAUUGAUGGUACCAUUUUGCUAAUGAAGGGGCAUUUACUAUUUGCAUAUUUUAAUAGAAUUACUUGUGUAUUUAUAUAAAUCUAAGAGCUAAAUCCACUUGAAUUUUAAUGGUUCCUUUUAGAGACAAAACGUGUUACUACUUUUAUAUAGUAAGAACAGCUGUUGAGAUUCAGUAAAGCAGCAAUAAAUGGAACUCUUGCACUACACCUUGAGGUUUGUGGCAUUGUGUAGGAUAAUGUAGCUAACAUCAAAACAUCAAUUGUAUUUUUACUGUAAUGUGCAAUGCAGGAUCUGCAUGUUUCCUUCCUGGGUAAGGGAAUAUGUAUAAUGAAGAAAUGGUUUUAUGUGAUUUUACUACUGUAACUGGUUUUAAACAAUAUUUAAAUGUUAUUGUCAGUAUGUUUGAUACUUAUUAAAUAUACAUAUCAGAAUUUA